AUGAAAAAACGUAUUGAAUUAUUACGAAAACAAUUUUCAGUUUAUGAAGCUGAAGGAAUUCAAUGUCAAUUAACAUUUCAAAAUAGAACAACAACAUUAAGUUCUACAGAAUGUAGUUCAUGUGCACUUAAACAUGAAAGAAAUCAAGUAUGUUUAUAUAUUCACAAAGAUAUUUUUACACUUGAUUACAUUGAUAUUGGUACUGAAUUAACACGAUUUGUCUGUAAAACACCACUUGAUACAUUAGUUUAUUCAAUCAGUGAUAAACUUGCUUCUCCAUUAGAAACACUUAAACGUCGUGGAAUUCCUGUUGAUCGAUUAUUGAAAAAUCCCGAACAACAACCAAUUAAAUUUUCAUUACCAAUUUCACAAAUAAAAACAGAAGAGACCAAACAAAUACGAUCUAUUCAACAAGAAGCACAAGUUCAACAAAAUUCUCAAAAGAAAUCUCAAGAACGAAUAAUUCCUAGACAAAAACAACCAUUACAACAGCAAGAACAAACAUUAGAAGUAGAAAAACUUCAACAAUAUUAUCAACAAGAAUUUCUAAAACAAAUUAACAAUAAACAAGAAGAGCAUCAACAAAAUUUACAACUAUCGCGAGGACUUUUUCAAAAUUUAAAAGAUUCCAAAUCAACUGCCGCCUCCUCUCCUUCUUCUUUGUCUUCUCGUCCUUCUCAAAGUCAAUCUGUUGAGAAUAUUUCAAGUACAAUUGAAACAAAUCGUAUUGAUAAUUUUGGACGAUAUAAAUCUACAGAUGAUGCUAACAUUGAUAGAACGAUUCGAACGACACGAUCCUAUUCUCAAAUGGAAUUCAAUCAAAUAGAACAUUCUAAAACUGAAAAUAAUAGUUCAUGUGAAUUUGUUCCAGCUUCAAAUAUGAUACGUUAUGAUAAACUUCUUCAUGGCAUUUCUCUUUAUAUUAAUCGUAAUGUAAAACUAACAGAUAUUUUUAUUGAUCAGGGUAAACAACUUGCUUGGUUAUUAUCUGGUCUUGCAAAACAAGUAUUUACUAUACCGAUAGAAACAAUGCAUCUAUUUCGUGAUAUUGAGAGUGCUCGUAUUGCUUUCAAUAGUAAUGGUGCAUUAUUUUUUAAUCUUCGUUAUUUUGAACAAAUAUUUUUCGAUGAUCUUAAGUUACAUCUUGAAAAUUCUAUAUCAUUAUCUUCAUCAAUUCCUAUUGUUCGAAAGAUAGUUAACUUCUAUUUUAUGGUUGCUUGUCAUGAAUUAUCACAUAAUAUUGAUUCAAAUCAUGAUUUAAAUUUUAUUAAUCGUUUUGAAAAAAUUUCUGUUCGAUUUAUGGAUGCAAAAGACGCAUUUCUAUUGAAAUUCUCUUUUCAAGAAUUAUAA